AUAAACAAAAAUGAUACAAAACCUCUUUUAGAUCCCAAACAAAAACGUUUUGUUUUCUCCGGAAUAUACGUUCUACUGUGUACUUAGAACAUGGCAAAACCAGGCGAAAAAGCCCUUCAAGCAAUGAAGGAAUUGGAUAAAGCAGUGGUCGUGUUUAAAAAGCCUAAAGUACCGAAAACCAAGCAGAAGAGAACCAUUCUCACGGAAGAGUCCUAUCUGGAGGAAAUGGCCAAAAUUAUUCAACGCGAUUUCUUCCCUGAUCUACAAAAGCUGAAAGCACAAAACGAGUAUCUAGACGCACUUGCUAGCAAUGAUAUCGUGAAACUAAGGCAGAUUUUCUCAAAGUACAACUCCAAAUCCCCACUGUUUAGGCAACCUAGCCCUGCAACAUUCGAAACGCCACUUCCAAGCGCAUCGCUUGCACCAGAAGAAGUUCGUUCUGUUCGAUCCACUGUUAGCGCUAGUUCAAGUAAGAGUAGCAACAAAUCACUUGCAGAUAAACACUCUUUAGAUAGUUUUCUACAAAACUAUACUAGUGAAGAUAAUGAUAGCUUCCAGGAGAUUAUCGAAGCAGCAGACAGAAAGAUGAGACAAAAAUUUGCUGUCCUAUACGCUGCUGAGGGUGAGAGCAAAAAAAGCUUGAGCACUAGUUUAGCACUACCAAGCAUAGAAAGCCAAUUUGAUAAGAAAGAUAAGCCUAAAGAGUUGGAUAUGUGGACGUAUCGGAAUAAAAAUUACAUUAUGUACAUUCCGGAUGGUGUCUCACUGACACGAGCGGAGGAAAUCGAGCAAGCCAAUAAGAAACAAGAAAUUGCGCAUGACAACACCAGACUGAAAUCGAAUCCUUUCAACGAACAGGAAAGCAAACAAGCUAUCACAGAAGCUGCUCGAUCUCAAGCCAAAUGUUUGCCAGAAAAAAUAGGUGUUGACGGGAAGUUAGUUGAGGCGUCAUUAACGCCAGCAGUUAGAGGAUUUAAUUUCGUCAAAAGUCCAUCGCCCUGCCCCGGUGUCACUGACAGUCCUCUCUUUACAUGGGGUGAAAUUGAAGGAACACCUUUCCGCUUAGACGGCGGUGAUACUCCUCUACAUCCUGCAUCCGCUGGGCCGUCUUUUCGAAUUGCAGAAACAUCAAAGCGAGAAGCCCUGGGACUUCAGUUGGCGGAAAAAGCUGCGGAGAAGUCGCGCUCUAAAAAAGCUAAAGCAAUUGAAGCAGCACGCAGAAAUAUCGCUUCUCCAAUGAUUCGAAACACGUUCGAUCGCCUUGCCAGCAUGUCUCCCGCAGCUCGAAAACUUGCCUCCAACAAGCUGGGUCUCAUCAACAGUCCAAGUCCCUUACGCUCUCCAGGAGCCUUCGGGUCGCUGAAAACUCCUCUGCGCAGUUCUAAAUCAAGACCAACUCCGUCACCCGCAGCAAUUGUCAGAAGGAAAACACCGAUGGUGGCAGCAUCCAGUAGCAGUGCAACCGCAGUGCCAGGAACGAUAACAUUGACGGAUAAUCUGCUAGAUAUUCCAUCGGCUGCGAAAAGGCCCAAGGCAGCAGACUUUUUUUGAAGUUGUAGUAUGUUUAUGAAAUGGCAUAUGGUUAACUACAACGCUAGGAAGAUCGAACUUAACAUGUCGUCGUUACCAAGACCAAGGUUAUACGUCGAAGUAUCGUUUGUGACGUUAGAAAUCACAUGUAAUUGCAAAUUUAAGAAAUAUAUUGCAUUGUUCGUCAAAAACGUGCUGUGUCGGAAGACGAUAUUCAUUAUUCUUGGUGAUGCGCCAUGUUGACUGAAUGUUGUAUACUUGUAUGU